UAUAUUAUUCUUCUUAACAACACGCCGUAAUUAUCUCUGACUCACUUUCAGUCUCCUCACUCUCAACACAUAAAAUUUAGGGUUUCAAAAUGUCAAUUUCUUCUUCAAUCCUCUGAAACUCGUAAGAUGAACGAUCUGUAGAAGGUUGGAGACUCGAUUAACCGCAAUUUACGUUAGAUAAACCUUUAGAUCUUUUUACCGAGAACCACAUAUAUUCUCAAAGCUGUUGAAAUGGACCCGGUGACACAAGAAGUGAAGCCCGAUGCCACACUAAUUGAUUCCGAUAAGCGAAAACGUGGGCGCCCACGAAAGGAUCCGAGUGAGAAGCGGGCCCAAAGAGCCCUUUCACAAGCGGCUGUUGGCCCGCCACCUGGUUUUGCAAAACUGACCAAUAACAACACUCCUCGAGUUGACCCGAUCAAUGAUCCAACUGCUGUUAUGGUUGGACAGACUGUAACCGGUGUUGUUCAGGCAACAUUUGACGCGGGUUACCUGAUCGCGGUUAGGAUCGGGAACUCAAAUAUCACACUAACUGGUGCAGUUUUCAAACCGGGCCACACCGCACCUUUGACACCUGAAAACGACGUGGCACCUCAUGUUGAAAUGAUCAAACGCGCUGAUAUUCCGUUACCAACGGAACCCCAGCCCAAACGUAGGCGUAAACGAAGAUCAAAAGAGAAAAGUAUGCAACUUGUUACUUAUGUUGGGAACGGGAAUGGGAACGGGCCAGACUCGGUGGUCCCUCCCUCAGUCCCACAAGUUGGUGCGAGAAAGCCCGUGAACCCCGUUGUUCUUCAACCGAUUAACCUAUCAAAUGGUUUAUCCACCAACCAACCUGCGCCUCAUUUGCGGGCCUCGGUAGGCAAACCGGUGCACUCGGUUCUGCCAUUGGCUGUUUAUCCACCAAACAGGUCAGCGGGCCAAGCGUCUGAUUCUCAAACUAGCUCACAGUUUAUGGUUACGCCCUCCCGGUUUGGAAAUGAGAAUGCUUCUGUUAAACACACGGAAGGGGGUAAAACGGUAAAAUCAAGUGAUGUGCAAGAUCGAGUUGUUAAAACAGAACCGGAUAUUGGUGAUAUGAACGAGCCUCUUUUUGUUGAACCCCUGCAAACUCGACACACGGUUCAACAUUUUCAACGUUCACCAUUAUUGGGAGGCGUGAUGCAUGGUGGCACCGGGAGAAUGACAGAGCUUUUGCAGGCUGUUCAGCAGAACAUGGGUGAUGACAAGGUUUCCCGAAAUGGACAUCCAACAGCAAGUUACAAUCAAAGUGGUCAGGCAAGAAGGAUGUAAGUUCAGUCACAGGUUAUGAUCAAGGUUUCUUGGGUACGGCCGUGUGGGGCCUACAUGCGGAAACUAUUGGAUCUUGUUUUUAUGUUACAGCACAGCAGUCGACAAAACAUCUAGUGUUAGGUUUCGCAAUGACUUCAUAGAAAAACGUUACCUAGUUUAACUUCGCGGAAAAGUAGAAUUUCCAUAUGCAAUGGAAGAUGUUUGAUGUUUCCAGCUUUUUUUUU